CAGAAGCUCAACUACGCGGUUCAAUAUCGCGCGCUCCAAAACGUCGCUCCUGAUGUACAGUCUGAAUACUUUUUAUCGGUUGAUCUAAAGGUUUAAUCUGUGAAGGUUUUAUUGCAUCCCAUGACCAACUUAAGCGAGGAUUAGUGAAUGCGUAACAGAAGAACUGGAGAAACGCACUAUAACCAGGAAGGGGGACGAUAUUACGGGUUCCACGAUGGUACACUGAAGGCACAGCAGCAACAGCGAUAUCGUUUAAAAGCUAACGACAAGUCAACUACGCAGAAAAGUUUACCGAACACAAGAAACUGAAGAAUUGAUUAUCACAAUGAAUUUCACGUCGAAUUCCACAUUGAACGUUUCACAAAGUAGUGGCAGCUGCGCAUUUAGUGACCGUCCAAGCCAAACAGGACUGGUUGUUCUUGGUUCGUUCUAUAUAGUAAUGACAGUGGUAUCAUUUACUGGAAAUGUGAUGGUGAUUUGCACUGUGGUCCUUAACCGCCGCAUGCAUACAGUCACCAACUACUUAAUCAUCAACAUGGCCGUAGCUGAUCUUCUUCUAACGGUCUGCAAUAUGCCUACAACGACAGCCUCAUUCCUUGGCAAUUCAAAAUCUUGGAUUUCCGGGGAUCUAGGUGUAGCUUUAUGCAAAUUGAUCUCCUUUAUCCAGUCCCUCUCUGUCGGGUGUACAGUUUUUAACAUGACUGCUAUAUCAAUAGAUCGGUUUUUUGCAGUAGUUUUCCCGCUACGUCGUUACAUUACGUUUGCCAUUGCGUACGUAAUGAUGGCCGUAGUGUGGAUUAGUGCUUUUGCUAUUAGCGCGCCGUUUCUUUACGCAAUGAAUGUAAUCCAGCCGAUGAAAGAUGGGCCACUGUACUGCGUUGAAAACUGGAAGCUAACCAAUCCAAGUGAGACCUCUGCACCACAAGACUUCACUGUUGCUCUCUUCCUUUUCUUCUAUGCCAUUCCACUAAUAAUCAUGACUAAUUUGUACUCCGUGAUCAUCUACAAGUUAUGGAUCCGCAAAGUUCCCGGYCAGCGCAGCGCGGCGAAUGAACAGCAAGCUGAAAGAUCAAAAAGGAAGGUUUUGCGGAUGUUGCUUGUGGUGGUAAUAGUAUUUGCAGUGUGUUGGUUGCCUAUYUAUAUCAGUCAGUUYRUAACGUUCUACGGGGAUCCAUGCGGACUGCCAUUAUCUUUUCUGUACUUCGGGUUAUUUCUUGGUCAYGCUAAUAGUGCGUUAAACCCAAUCCUGUACGUUAUAUUCAACGAGAAUUACAGAAAAGGAUUCAAAGACAUUUUGCUGUGUCGUUGUAGGAAAAGAAGAGUUGUUCCUGGUACAACGACGGUGGGUUGUGACAAUACGUUCAUUGAUAAGAAUUCUACCAGGUUGAACAACACGUCACCUGCUCCAUCUCAUCUCGCAAACAGCGCUCACUCUAACUCUAAUACCUAGUUAUUCUAUAGAGAUAGACCGCACUAGAGGCUGCAACUACCCGACCUAAAGCCCCAGCAAUGAAUAGUAAUGGUUAACAGCACAGGGUAUUCAGAGAUCGUAUCAUUGCUUAACGAAGAUUCUCUAUGAUCUGAUAGUAAACUGUAUGAAAUAACUUUAUAGGAAACAACCACUCGUGAGGUUGAGGCCAAUGACUAUUUGUAACUAGAAUCGAGAGGGAAAACUAUACCAAGGUUGUCUUCUUCUGUUGCGCAUGCGUUAAAUUCGAAGUUUUGGGUAUAUGGGAAGAUUGAAAUCACUAGGUCCGACGUCGUGCGCGUUGACCAAUAUGCACUCUUAGUAAUCAUAUGUAAUUACUGUUCACGACUUUAAAGUUAAUAAAACGCUUGAGAUCGGCUUUUUUGGCGGGAUUAGUAAUGACAAAUUCUGUAAAUUACGCUUUGCCGCAAGCUCCUGGUUCUCAUUCAGUGKAGAAAGUACACAACAGAGGGGCUCUUUGAGUUUAAAAAUGUAUGCUUGAUUGUUCGAUUGUUCUUAGUACAGUGGGCAGUAGAAUGUGUAUGUUUCAUUAUGGAUAUUCAAUAAGUGUAGUAAAUCAAUAACUGUUUGGGUGCAAUUUCUUUUUAUUGUAAAAUACUCUAGUAAACCUACCCUUUAUCAUUUUCAAGCAUAAAUAAUGGCUCUCAUAGGAUGCUGGUUAACCGUAGUCCUUUACUCUACAUUACAUAUUAUAAAACUCGUUAAAUUUGAUAUAUAUUGUACAUUUUAUAUUUUGCUUUGAUGUCAUUAUAAUACAUUGUUGUGUUACAUUCUACAA